AUGAUGACGUGCCGUCUGCUGUGCGCCCUGUUGGUGCUCGCCCUGUGCUGCUGCCCGUCCGUGCGCGGGACAGCAAGUGGUGAGGCUCAAGUUUCAACCCCCGGUCAUCUACCCCCACUGCCACAGGAGCAAACUCCGGAGACCAAUUCUUCAGUUUCAAAUGCCCCUACAGUCCCGGAGGCGGAUACUUCCGAUAAUCCCGAUCAGUCGGUGGUAAAGAGUCCGGCACAGGAAACAGGAGAGUCAAAAAGUAGUAGAGAGGUUACGGUAAAGACGAAAACUACGACGACUACGACAACAACUACAACUACAAGUGCGCCAACUACGACCACUACAACAAAGGCACCAAGUACUACGACUACAGAGACGCCAACCACGACGACCACCCGCGCACCGUCACGUCUCCGCGAAAUCGACGGCAGCCUCAGCAGCUCGGCGUGGGUGUGUGCCCCGCUGGUGCUCGCCGCAUCCGCGCUGGCGUGCACCACUCUGGGCUGA